AUGGAGUCAGUGAUGGAAGACUAUGACUAUACUAUAGAUGACCUUGAUGGUCUCUGCAACCUGGACCCAAACCUGGUGGAUAUCAACACCCAAACCUGCAUCCACUCCAUUAUCUGCGCCUUUGGCCUGAUUGGAAACGCUCUCGUAAUCAUCACCUACACUUUCUACAAAAGAACAAAGACCAUGACAGACGUGUACCUGUUCAACGUGGCGGUGGCUGACCUGAUCUUUGUGGUGGCUCUGCCGUUUAUCAUCUACAAUGAGCAGCACAGCUGGUUGAUGGGAUCUGUGGCUUGUAAGAUUCUGAGGUCAGCCUACAGUAUUAACCUGUUCAGCAGCAUGCUCCUGCUGGCCUGCAUCAGUGGAGAUCGGUACAUCGCCAUAGUUCAUGCUAGAAGAUCAUUUGGAGCUCGCUCACGUGCUCUGAUCUACAGCCGCCUCAUCUGCUCAGCUGUUUGGCUGUCUGCUGUGGCUUUGACUCUGCCCACACUCAUGUACACAGAGCGCACUGAGGAAGACAACCCGGGGGCUGCUAAUACCACUGUGGUGUGUCAGCUAUUUUUCAGCGAAGCAGAAACGGCAAAGCUCAUGAAAGUGUUGGUUCCCAGUCUGCAGAUGGCUGUGGGCUUCCUGGUUCCUCUGCUGGUGAUGGUGUUUUGUUACUCCUGCAUUGUAAGCACUCUGCUGAAGGCUCAGAGCAGCCAGAAGAAUAAGGCUGUGCGUGUAGUGUUGGCGGUGGUUGUGGUUUUUAUUGUGUGCCACCUCCCUUACAACGUGGCUCUGCUGACCCACACUGUGUCUCUGUUUAAAGAGAGGGGCUGUGAAGCAGAGAAGAUAAAACUCAAAGUUCUAGCAGUUUCCAGAAGUGUGGCUUACCUGCACUGCUGCCUCAACCCCAUCCUCUAUGCCUUCAUUGGGGUGAGGUUCAGGAGCCACUUCAGGCAGAUCAUGGUGGACCUGUGGUGCUUCAGUAAGAAAUACAUCUAUGCUACUCGCACGUCUCGUGGGACGUCUGAAAUUUGCAUCUCAGGCCGCAUGUCUUCAGAGGGUUUUAACAAUAACAUGUCAUCAUUCAGUGCGUAA